UCUGAAAUGACUAAAUGGAUAUAAAAUGACAUUAAUAUACUUAUAUUAUUGGUCAGGUGAAGGUGGCUUUUAUGAUAACUUUUGGUUUAUUUGUUUUUUCGUGUUGAGUUUUAGAAGAUUGAAGUCAACAUUAUUAAGGGUGUGGAGGGGGAAGCUUGCUCACUUGGUAGGUGGAACCCUGAGUACUGAAGAUGGGUCUGUCCUCCCUCUCUUGUGUUUAUCCAACAGGUUAUUCCAUUGGAGCGUCUUAGAAUCUCACUGUGUUUAGAGACUAGGUUAUAUACCUGUAACCUCACAUUGUAUAAUCCUACAAGGUUAUACUUCUAGGAGAUUCUCUAUUCCUACCACCUGUCAUGGUUUAGACAGCACAGUUCACACAGGGCUUUGGAUAUAUUCUCAGGAGCUAGUUUCUCUGAGACACCAUGAGGGGGGCAGGAUGUGUGUGAUAUGUUACACUGCAUUUUGGAAAAACUCUUGGCAUCUGUAAGGAAGAGGAUCCCACAAGCUGGGAAUCAAAAGAGAUAAUAAAGGGCUUUAGUCAGGUAUUGGGGUUGGGGGUAGAGAAAGAAGCUUCCUAAAUGGUCCAACUGUGAACAUGGAGGCAGGACAUGAAUGUUGGCCGGUGGAGCAGAUUACUGGGUAAACAUGUCUUUCUGACUUCACAUGUCAUCCCCUGUGCUUUCUCACCUAGACCGGGAAGGGGUCACAGAGGUCAGGAAGAGGACACAGGGCUCAGGAAGGGCUGGCAGAGUUGUUGCCAGAGAAAGCAGGAUGAGUAAGAGGUUCCACCCUAGAAGUGGCCCAAGUGAUGAUACCAUACACAUAAGGGAAUGAGUCUUUGUCAUCAGGUGUAGAGGGAUUGGCAAGAGGUGACUGGCUGGCAGGAUGAGGGGACUUGUGGGCUGGCAGUUUCAGAGUCAGAUAUCUUAAAAUGUUUCCAGAACAGGUCAUGAUAGAGUCAUUUGUAUACAGGUCAUAGCUGAGGCCAUGUCUAGUCUAUUUUCUUUUUUCUCUUUGCCCAUAUUCUACCACAGUUUAAUUUUAAUUCUUCUUCUUCUACAGCCUUUCACUUCCCCUCAAGAAUUCCUUUUUAUCUGUCUGCUGAACUGUAGGAUGAUCCACCAGCAUACUUUGUUGUUCUUUGGCCAUGUUCUCAUAGAGAUUUCAAGUAUCCACAAGAAACUCAAUGAGAGUCUUGAAGAAAAUUUCAAAAAAUUCCAUAAAGAGAUUAUACAUGAGCUGGAGAAGAAGACAGAACUUGACGUGAAGUAUAUGAAUGCAACUCUAAAAAGAUACCAAGCAGAACACAGGAAUAAAUUAGAUUCUUUGGAGAAGUCUCAGGCUGAGCUGAAGAAGAUCCGGAGGAAAAGCCAAGGAGGACGAAAUGCGCUAAAAUACGAACACAAAGAAAUGGAGUAUGUAGAGACUGUUACUUCUCGUCAGAGUGAAAUCCAGAAAUUCAUUGCAGAUGGUUGCAAAGAAGCUCUACUCGAAGAGAAAAGGCGCUUCUGCUUUUUGGUUGACAAACACUGCAGCUUUGCAAAUUAUAUACAUUAUUAUCACUUACAGUCUGCAGAAAUACUUAAUUCCAAACUGCCCAGGUGGCAGGAAACCUGUGGUGAUGCCACCAAAGUACCAGAGAAAAUCAUGAAUAUGAUAGAAGAAAUAAAGACUCCAAUCUCUACCCCAGUAUCCGGAACACCUCAGCCCUCACCCAUGAUCGAGAGAAGCAAUAUGGUUGGGAAAGAAUAUGAUACCCUUUCUAAAUACUCACCAAAGAUGCCCCCAGCCCCUUCAGGCAAAGCAUAUACCAGCCCUUUGAUUGAUAUGUUUAAUAAGCCAGCAAUCAUCACACAGAAUUCAGAUAGGACAAAUAAUUCAACAGAUGUUUCAGAAGAUGCCAGUUUACAGCGAUCCGUUUCUGUUGCAACUGGACUGAACAUGAUGAAGAAGCAGAAAGUUAAGACUAUUUUCCCCCACACUGCUGGCACCAACAAGACCUUACUCAGCUUUGCACAGGGAGAUGUCAUCACACUACUCAUCCCCGAGGAGAAAGAUGGCUGGCUCUAUGGGGAGCAUGAUACCACCAGGGCGAGGGGAUGGUUCCCAUCAUCAUAUACAAAGUUGCUAGAAGAAAACGCAAAGGAAACAGCAACUAUGCCCACACCAAGCCCUGCGCCAGUGAGGAGCAUCAGCACUGUGGACUUAACUGAGAAGAGCAAUGUCAUCAUCCCCCCACCUGAUUACUUGGAAUGCUUGUCCAAGGGAGCAGCUGCAGACAAAAGAGAUGUUGCCAGAAAUACUUCUACCUUCAAAGCACCAGUAUCCAAGCCAGAAACCACAUCUUCUAAUGACACCAAUGGGACUGCUAAGCCGCCCUUCCUCAGUGGAGAAAAUCCCUUUGCUACUGUGAAACUCCGACCGACGGUAACAAAUGAUCGAUCAGCCCCAAUCAUUCGAUGAGAAGACAGCCAAGAAUCUUCUGGUUCCUCUCAUGUUCAGUUCUCACUUGCAAAAUGAUAGGUGUAUAUUGUUUGAUGUGUGCUAUGACUCUCAAAGCUUUGCCAGAGGGUACCUGAUUUAAAAUGUAUUCUACUUGAGCAAAUCAAUACAUUUCCUCAAUUUAAGACAUUUCUCUCUUUAAGAUAAAUGAGUACUAGUUUAAUAACCAACUCAUUUAAAAUAUUUUCUUCCUGUUCUAUUCAAGAAACAAUUUACUUCUAAUCCUUACUAUACCUUUUUAUUAUUCUAUUAAUUUUUUUCUUAGCCAGAAAUAAGGGAUAGGCUAUGCUUUCAUGACUGGCUUUCUGCACCUGAAUGCCAAUGAGAUCACAGUUUUAUUUUAUAAAGCAUGUGCUCUUAAGUAGCAUUAUGAUAUUUAUCUAAACGGAAAUAUUGCAUAAGUUUGCAUCAUAGCAUGCAAAUCAUAAUUUCAAGGGUAUAAAUUAUGAAAAUAUAUAAAUGUAAUUUUUUAACUUAAAAAUUAUAAACUUGCUUAAUCAAAUGUAGAACUACCCAAGAUGGAGAAAUUCCCACCCCUUCCCCAAUUUCAACAGAGCUGUAAAGUGCUGAGACAUUUUGCCUCUGCUUAUCACAGCCAUGUUAAGCACUUAACCCUUUGACUGCGGAGCACUCAGAAAUGAAACAUUCCUACAGACAUCAUUCACACCAAACAUCUUGUUUGAAUGCCUAUGCUUGCAGUCAAAUAGGUUAAAAAAUAAUCUCCAAGUGCUACUGAAUUUGGUAGUUAGAGUAGUUUUUGACCAGAUUCGCUGUAGGCCAGGCUGUGCCACACCUGGGCUUGGCACACAGGACAUGUGCGAGUCUGAGGGGUCCAUGUUUGGAGGCCCCAGGUGCUCUCCUAAGCUAGUUGACCAAAGCUGCAUCCAUCACUAAUUUACCAGGAAACUUCUUGGGUCCCAGUUUCUCCAAUUUUGAAUCAGGUACUGACCCACAAAGGGCACUUUUAUAAAGCCAGGGUGACCUCUGGUGGCUGGAGGGGGGUGGGUCUUUCAACCCAGCAGGUGUCACAUGCCCAAAUCUGGGCCUUAGGUACACUGUCUGGCCUCUGCACUGGCAACCCUGGGCCAAAGGUUGGUCCUAUUUUAAGUGGAGAGUCACAGUUAAAAUUCACCCCUACCCACUGUGUGUACUAGGGAUGCUAAAACAGUUGCUUGUCACAACUUUUGGUCUCACCAAAAGUACCAUUUUCCUAUAUACCUAAAAUUGGUCCUGGUCAAAUGCAGGUCGAGCAGUUUCAUAGUCUGUCUCUCCCAGGACAAACCAGGUGACCCUGUGAUGGGCUGCUGGCCUAUAUUAACUAGUACUGGUCAUGCAGGUGCUGCAGCCAGGAAAGAAAAUUUGGCUGUGUACCUCCACCUUUUAAAACAGGCAGAGCAGGGCGGUGCCUGUGGCUCAGUUGGUAAGGCGCCGGCCCCAUAUACCGAGGGUGGUGGGUUCAAACCCGGCCCCGGCUGAACUGCAACCAAAAAAUAGCCGGGCGUUGUGGCGGGCGCCUGUAGUCCCAGCUACUUAGGAGGCUGAGGCAAGAGAAUCGCUUAAGCCCAGGAGUUGGAGGUUGCUGUGAGCUGUGUGAUGCCAUGGCACUCUACUGAGGGCCAUAAAGUGAGACUCUGUCUCUACAAAAAAAAAACAACAGGCAGAUCAGGCUGGUAGAAGCCCUCAUGGGCACCAACAGGGCUUCUGUUGGAAGGAACUUCUGGUCUGUCUUAGGGCAGGGGGCAUGACCUGGCCUUCAAAGCUCCACUCCUGCAGACUUUUCUGGUUUUGUCACAGAGGCAGAAUAGGGCCUAGGAUUAUCAGGCCCUGCAAUUUGCAGGCCUCCUCUGGCUCACCCCACCCCAGAAUUCGCCUCACAAGCAAGGAAACAGGUCUUGUCCUCGGCACAUGCUCUGUAAAUGCCAAGUAUUAUAUUUAAUAAAGAAUUUGAAAACAGCACAUUUUCUUAAGCUGUAACUGCACAUUGAGGAACAUGGGAUGAUCCUGCCUGAAUCAUGUCUGGGCUGGCAGUGGCACAUUAGUCUUCAGGUGGCGAGAUGCAAACACUGAACACGCAGAACUAGGUAAACAAUGGUAUGAAUCUCAUUUAUUGAAAACAUUUUUUCUCACCUUUCUCAAAUUGAAGACUGUAAAAAAUAAAAGCAGUGCUUUAUUGAGUUGUCAUGAACCUCAGAGCAGCAGCAGCAGCAGCGCUGCCUGCCUUCUGUGUGGCCUCUAUCCCACCUUGCUUUACAAAACAGUCCCAAAGCUUAAUCAAAUAAAACUAUUGUACACGACAUUUACAUUAGAAAAAGACAGCUGGGGGUAGGAGAGCCGGUGUGUUCCCUUUAAGUAAAGGUCGCUCCACAGUUGGGGCAUCUUCGCUUCCUCAAGGCAAAACAGCAGAUGAACCCAAAGGGAAACAAGAUGAUGGCCAAGAAAA